AUGAAAAGGCACAAGACCAUCUCAACAUAUGAUCCAGCUCCAAGUUCAUUCAAGUCCGAUGCCGAUGACUAUUUCCAAGAUGCACGGUUUCUUGACACGAAGCUGAAUGGCAUUCGUGUCUGGUAUUCUAGCUUUACGUCUGUUGACUGGUUACAUGAUGCUAUUAAGGAAUCGUCUCGUUUAUUCCGCCUUCGUUCUCGAAAGUCGCUGCGGGGAAGACUACGCAGCGGCAUUGAUACCUCUAUUGACUGGAUUGUGGUUACAAUAAUAGGAUUCCUGACUGCCAUCGGUGCAUUUCUGAUUGUGCGGAGCGAGCAAUGGUUCUUCGAUUUGAAAGAAGGGCAUUGCUUAAACGGCUGGUGGAAUGCAAAACGGUUUUGUUCGGAAUGGCAAGAGUGGCAAGAUGCAUUCGCGUCUGGCAAAAACGGCGAAGUCCCAGAUCAGUGGUUUGGAACUGCAUCAUGGGCAAUUGAGUACAUUGUGUACGCUACGAUUGCGCUCUGCCUCGCGACAAUCUCCUCGUUAUUGACGAUUCGAUUUACAGCAUCGCCGUCAUUCAUGUCCGACAAGGAUUCUGGAGUGCUUGGCCCUGACUUUGAAUCAUCUGACAAGACUGCCUGGUCAGCGCCCAAGAGAAAAGUUCUGUAUUUUGCCGCCGGUAGUGGCAUACCAGAAAUCAAAACAAUUUUAUCAGGCUUCGUUAUUCACGGGUAUCUCGGAGCACGUACAUUGUUCACCAAAGGAGUAGGGUUAGCGCUGUCCGUUGCAUCGGGCUUAAGUCUAGGCAAGGAAGGGCCCCUAGUUCACAUUGCAUGUUGCAUUGGCAACAUCGUGAGCCGUUAUUUCCCAAAGUACGAGACGAAUGAAGGAAAGCGUCGUGAGAUACUCAGCUCUGCGGCUGCCGCGGGCGUCGCGGUCGCAUUCGGUGCGCCGAUUGGUGGCGUGCUCUUUAGCCUUGAAGAAGUUUCUUACUAUUUUCCUCCGAGGGUGCGCUUUAGAGUUUUGCCGAUUCCUAGCUUCUUUUGUGCUAUGAUUGCUGCUAUUACGUUGAGGUUCUUGGAUCCGUUUGGAACUGGAAAGCUGGUUCUUUUCCAAGUGACAUAUGACAAGGAUUGGCAUGCAUUCGAACUAGUAUUUUUCUUGAUACUUGGUAUCUUUGGUGGAGUAUAUGGAGCUUAUUUCUCCAAACUGAACAUCAGAUGGAGUCGCCGUGUCCGUAAUGGAACGUGGUUGAAAUCCCAUCCUAUUGCCGAGGUUCUCCUGGUCACCUUAGUAACCACCCUACUAUGCUUCCUCAAUCCAUACACGCGGAUGGGAGGAACUGAGCUCGUGUACAACUUGUUCUCGGAAUGCGGCCCUGACAAUGACUGGCAUGAGGGCCUGUGCCCGCGCGAUCCAAUUGCUCUGGCGGGUCCUCUCGCUCAGUCUAUCGGUAUCGCUUUGCUUGUGAAAGGUGCUUUGACUAUCGUUACCUUCGGGAUCAAGCUUCCAGCGGGAAUAUUCAUUCCAACGUUGGGCGUGGGUGCAUGCUUCGGCCGAAUCCUGGGUAUUGGUAUUCAGUAUCUUCAAUACAAGCACCCAAACUUGCGCAUGUUCGCAGCAUGUGGUGGGGACAUGGACUGUGUAGUCCCCGGCCUGUAUGCAAUGGUUGGAGCUGCGGCUACUUUGUCGGGCGUCACGAGGACAACUGUCUCGUUAGCUGUCAUUAUGUUUGAACUGACAGAUACUUUGACAUACGCAGUCCCUGUCAUGUUAGCUGUACUUACAGCCAAAUCUGUAGCAGAUGCCCUUGAGCCCAAAGGAAUUUAUGACCUUGUUAUUGAGUUGUCUCAGCUUCCAUACUUGGAUGCGAAGCAUGAAUAUUUAUGGGGAAAUCGACUUGCUUCAGACAUGACUGAUAGAAACGUUGGUGUGAUACGUCUCGAUGGACAUAACACAGUGAAGAAUCUACGUGAUAAGCUCCGGGAAGCACUCGCUGCUGGAUACGCAGAUAGUGGCUUCCCGAUUUUGCGACCGGAUUUACAAGGGCUAGGGUUGAGGACAGCCGGGUACAUCGGGUUCAACGAAUUGGAACACGCACUUGCAAUUGUUGCUGACGAUGCGGAUGCUAUCUGCUACUUCAACACUGCUUCCGAGAUCGCCACAAGAGGACUUACAUCUGCCGACUCGUCGUUUACCGAAUCAGCAGCCCCUAGCAAUGACCCACUCGAUUUUACGGUUUACACUGAUCAGGCACCUCUUAUGAUCCAGACGAAUACACCUCCAGAGCUUGUACAGCAAUUGUUUGCGAAGCUCGGUGCAAAAUUUGUCAUCGUGACAGACCCAAAUGGAUACUACGAAGGCGUUAUCGAGAAGAACGCAUGGAUCGCCUAUGUGAAUGAUUUAGCCGGACACUGA